AUGAAAGCUAACUACGGCUUUGUAAAUUGCGUUGGUAUCACUGAUGGCACCCUGCUGCCUCUAGCAACGAAACCGCGGCACAAUGGCGAGGAUUACUACAGCAGGAAGUCGUCGUACGCCGUCAACGCACUAGUGACUUGCGAUGAUAUUGCCAGAGUGCGUAACGUCGUUAUCGGGUGGCUUGGAUCUGUUCACGACAACAGAGUGUGGUCAAACAGCCCAGUUUGUCAAAACCCGGACCUACACUUCGAGCACAACGAGUACCUGCUAGGUGAUUCAGCCUUCCAAGCCUCUCGCACUAUGAUUCCUGCUUACAAAAAGCCUCCCAAGGCGGAUAUGCAUCCUAGCAACAGCUAUUUCAACAAUCAGUUAGCGAAGGCUCGCAUCAAGAGUGAACACUGUAUCGGCCUUCUCAAGAUGCGGUUUCAAUAUCUACGUGAAGUCCGCGUCGAGCUAGGGAAAAAAAGGAAACACAUGAGACGUCUUAUACGAUAUGUGAAGUGCGCAUGCAUUAUACAUAACUUGCUCGUCGCGCAACCGGUCCCCGAAGAGUGGCGAGCGGAGCUUGAUAGCUAUAUCACAGGUGAACUCGAUGAAGAUGAUGAACUCAAUGCACCAGUGCCAGCAGGUGCUUCAGGCGAUGAACGCCGAAACCAGUUGCUAGCAUACAUGCUAGAAAUCCGUACUCAGCGGUAA